UCGUCUAGUAGACCAGACAUAUAUUGCCUCUCUGGUCUGGCCUCCCUCCAUUUCAAUAUUUCAUUCCUUUCCUUUUCUUUGAUUUUUUCCCCACAUAGACCAUCUUUCUCCAUUUCUCUUCACAAUUCAAACGUACGUACUACUACUACUACUAGACGACAUUAGGUUAGAUCGGAAACAAGCAAUUUUCAGGAUUCUUUGGAAGAAAUUAAGAUAUGGGGUUUGCCAAGGACGAGAAAUCGAAGCGAGCGUUAAGGUGGAUUAAAACUUUUUUCUUCCUCAUCACUAUGCUGCUCUCGCUUCUCGUAUUCUCAGCACCAAUUCUCGUAGCUGUCGCGGAUGCCCUCCUUCCAUCGGCGCUGUUGUCAGCUUCUCUUUCUCCAUCGUCUCUUUCCCUCCAAGCCCUCUCUUCUCAUCUAAGCAAUUACGACUUCCGCUAUUCCCUCAUCGACAUACCCCUCAUCUCCCUCAUUAGGUCAGCUGUCAUUCUAUGUGUUUACGGUUUAUGCGAUGGUCCGAAACUAUCAGGAGGGCCGUACUUGAGUAUUGCCACCGUGUUUUCGGUGUCGUCUCUGCUUUUCGUGUCGUUCAAGGCUUCGUUCGUGUUUGGCAACGCAAGUGUGAAUGGGAGUGGAUGUGUUCGGGGCAUGGAAGUCGCGUUGUUCGCGUGCUCCUUGGCUCUGGCCGUCGGACACAUAGUGGCGGCCUACAGAACGAGUUGCAGAGAGCGAAGAAAGCUUAUGGUCUACAAAAUUGAUAUUGAAGCUGUCUCAGCGUGCAAGAAUGGAUUCCCAAGAAUGGAUUACCAAAAGUUACUCCAAAUUGAAAGAUUGAAAUAGUGACAAAGCUGGGUUCUGUUCAAUGUUUCUAGUUUCUUGACCAGUUCAAAUUUUCCAGCCAGGUUCAGGUUAUCCGAAGGAUGUCUGCAAUCUGAUGGUCCAAGAACUAGCAAAAGAAUUCAUCCGAUCCGAUGUACCAUAUACUGAUGGCAUAAAAAGUGUGAUUGUAUACUGUAAUGGCUCGUGUCGUUCGGUUAUUGAAUAUAGAGGCAAAGGACCUCUCAAAAAAAAAAAAAAA